ACGUUUCCUCCCAGAAUCCUUGGAGAAGGAGACUCGCGGAUUUGCUGGUCCAUGCGAAGAGGUGUGGAACGUCUUGGCAACGUGGUCUGUCUUGUCCGCGGGGAGGCGAAGGCGUUGCGUUCUCCCGCGUCUGAGGCCUAGCGGGCCUUCAGUGGCCGAAAGUUAGCCUUUUGCAGUGGCGUAAGGGCUCGCGGCUCCCCGCGUAGCGCCCUGAUCUGGCCUCGCCAUGUUGGUCCUGUUUGAAACGUCCGUUGGCUACGCCAUCUUUAAGGUUCUGAAUGAGAAGAAACUUCAAGAGGUUGAUAGUUUGUGGAAAGAAUUUGAAACUCCAGAGAAAGCAAAUAAAAUAGUAAAGCUAAAACAUUUUGAGAAAUUUCAGGAUACAGCAGAAGCAUUAGCAGCAUUCACAGCUCUGAUGGAAGGCAAAAUCAAUAAGCAGCUGAAGAAAGUUUUGAAGAAAAUAGUAAAAGAAGCCCAUGAACCUCUGGCUGUAGCUGAUGCUAAACUAGGAGGGGUCAUAAAGGAAAAAUUGAAUCUCAGCUGUAUCCAUAGUCCUGUUGUUAAUGAACUAAUGAGAGGAAUCAGAUCUCAAAUGGAUGGCUUAAUUCCUGGGGUAGAACCACGUGAGAUGGCAGCCAUGUGUCUUGGAUUGGCCCACAGCCUGUCUCGAUACAGAUUGAAAUUCAGUGCUGAUAAAGUGGACACAAUGAUUGUACAGGCAAUUUCCUUGUUAGAUGACUUGGAUAAAGAACUAAACAACUACAUUAUGAGGUGUAGAGAAUGGUAUGGCUGGCAUUUCCCUGAGUUAGGGAAAAUUAUUUCUGAUAAUUUCUGCUUCAUCUACAAAAAUUCCAUAGGGGACAGGAAGAACUAUGCAUCUGCCUCUCUCUCUGAAUUCCUGUCUGAGGAAGUAGAAGCAGAAGUGAAGGCAGCCGCUGAGAUAUCUAUGGGAACAGAGGUUUCUGAAGAGGAUAUUUGCAACAUUUUACAUCUGUGUACUCAGGUAAUUGAAAUUUCUGAAUAUAGAACUCAACUGUAUGAAUAUCUGCAAAAUCGAAUGAUGGCCAUUGCACCUAACGUUACCGUCAUGGUUGGAGAGUUAGUUGGAGCACGGCUUAUUGCUCAUGCAGGUUCUCUUUUGAAUUUGGCCAAGCAUGCAGCUUCUACAGUUCAGAUUCUUGGAGCAGAAAAAGCACUUUUCAGGGCCCUCAAAUCUAGACGAGACACACCUAAAUAUGGACUUAUUUAUCAUGCUUCUCUUGUAGGCCAAACGAGUCCCAAACACAAAGGAAAGGUGAGUUACACUUUUUCCACUGUUUUCAAACUUUUCAAGAUAAUGUUUUUUGGGUGUUUGCCUGCACGUUCAUGGGUAUAUGUGUAUACUCCAUGCAAGGCUAGAAGACGGAGGGCAUCAAAUCCCUUGAUAAGAAAAAUAAGUGGAACAGGAAAGGCAUUAGCAAAAGCAGAAAAGUAUGAACACAAAAGUGAAGUGAAGACUUACGAUCCCUCUGGUGACUCCACACUUCCAACUUGUUCUAAAAAACGCAAAAUAGAAGAGGUAGAUAAAGAGGAUGAAAUUACUGAAAAGAAAGCAAAAAAAGCCAAGAUUAAAAUUAAAGCUGAAGUAGAGGAGAUGGAGGAGGAGGAGGCGGAGGAAGAACAGGUAGUAGAAGAGGAGCCGACUGUAAAGAAGAAAAAGAAGAAGGAUAAAAAGAAACACAUAAAGGAAGAGCCACUUUCCGAGGAGGAGCCAUGUACCAGCACAGCAGUUCCUAGUCCAGAGAAAAAGAAGAAAAAGAAAAAAAAGAAAGAUGCUGAAGACUAAUGUAAAAGAAUCGUAAUCCUGUCACCCAAACACAUCAUGCUUAAGAUUUAGUUGCGAGCAUAUCAAUGCUUUAAAAUAAUCAAAGGAGGUUGAUUAACUAUAGCUUUUCAAGCCUUUUUGUGUCGACAUCAACUGUUAACCUUAGAGUCUUUGAUACACAAAUAAAAAUAUUUUCUUUGUAAGGCA